UAAGUUACCGACUGUUACGCGAAGGAAGAAAUAAAAAAGGUGAAAGUUGUCCGAAGGAAGCACUCACUCUCUCUCUCUCUUUAGAGCAGCUAGCUUCACAUUCUCUAUCUUACUAGAGAGAUUAAAAAAAAGGGAAAGUCCUUCUUCAAUUUGGGCAAAGAGAAACAACACCCAUUGUCCUCACGACAGGUUUUUUUUUCUGGGAUAUAUAUAAUCUGUUGAAGGAUUCACAUUUUGGUCAAUAAGAAAGAAGUUUUCACAUUUUGCGUGCAUUGAAAAAAAAAAUGAAGGCUGAUAGUGUUCUUGACUAUGCUAUAUUCGAGCUUUCGCAUAAACAUUCUCGAUGCGAACUGUUUGUUUCGAGUAAUGGUGAAACUGAGAAACUGGCUUCAGGAUUGAUCCAACCAUUUGUGAAUCAUCUCAGUGUUCUUGCAACACAAUCAUUGUUUAGAGCGGAAGUAGAGAAAAGCCAAAAUGGCAAAUCUUGGUUCACAAGAAGAACACUCGAGAGGUUUGUUGAAUUUGUUAAUGGUCCAGAAGUUCUGGUAAGAGUCGGUACAAUUGAUUUGGAGAUGUCACAGUUGGAAGCAGCUCGGACAUUAUAUUCCCAAGAUGAUGGAGGUGUAACGGAUGCAACAAAGAAGGAGCUCUCAAGAGCUAUAGAUUUAAGACUUGAGGCAAUUAAGAAGGACUUAACCACAGCCAUUGCUCAAGCCUCUUCUAAUGGUUUUGAUCCUCAAACUGUCUCUGAUCUCCAACGUUUUGCUGAUAAAUUCGGCGCUCAUCAUUUGAACGAGGCAUGCGGAAAGUAUAUUUCAUUAUGUCAAAGAAGACCAGACCUGAUCAAGAAGAACUUGACUAGCAAUGAAACAAACACCAGUCAAGUUCAAAGUACUAAGACUGAUGAAGAGGAGAAAAAAGAUGAAUCUUCUACGGUUAAGACCACUCAGCAUACAAGGAGGCUCAGCGUGCAAGACAGGAUUAAUCUCUUUGAGAGCAAAAAGACGGAAGAUUCAAACUCUGCAGGACACAACAAACCGGUGGUUGUUGUUGCUAAAUCCACCACAGAGUUGAGGAGACUUUCCUCUGAUGUCUCAUCAGCUGCUGCUGCUGCUGCUCCUGUAUUCCCUCAGAAAUCUGUCUUGAGAAGAUGGAGUGUUGUUAGUGACAUGAGCUUUGAUUUUACGUCGGAUAACAAAAAGUCUGAGGGUAGUGGCAACGAAGAAGGUCUCUCCAGUAGACCAUCCUCUGGUAAUCCUGAAGCCACUGUGCCAAAAGAGCCUGAAGAGAACAGUAAAAAUGGUGAUGAUGAUGAUGUGUCUUCUACUAAAUGUGAUGAUUCUCAAAACCAGUCUGAUGGUGAUGAUGAUUUGAGGAAGAGAGAAGAUGAGAGCUAUGCUUCCAAGCCUCACAGUGUGGCACAGCCAUCAGUUAUGUUUCCUCGGCAUUCUCGGUCUCGGUCAGCCCUUAUAGGAGAUGGUGUUGAUAUCAAAAGCGAUGAACUUCAAUCACAGAGCCGGAAGAAAGAGGUGAUUUUAUCAGACAAGCAACCUGUCUUAACAAUCUUGACAAAACCAGCUUCUGCAGGGUCUGAACAGAGACAAAACUCAUUUGGUUUAGAGGAUGAUCUUGAGGUCAAUCUUGUGAAUAAAGAUUCACCUGCUGGAAAAAUCAACAGUAUUAGAGUUCGUGCAACAUCUGUGGAUCAAAUGCAGAGGCCAAGAAUGUCUAGGGAAAGCUCUCAAGGGGUUAACGAGGAGUUGAAAAUGAAGGCAAAUGACCUUGAAAAGAUUUUCGCCGAGCAUAAACAACGAGGUCGUCGUGAAGAUCAUCAAUCAGACAACAACAAGAAUGUUGUAAUGCGUAGGAACGUAUCUGAUUUAAGCUACUCAGAUGAUUCCAAAGGGAAGUUAUAUGAGACGUAUAUGAAGAAAAGGGACGCAAAACUGAGAGAAGAAUGGAGUUCGAAAGAAGCAAAGUUGAAGUCAAUGCAAGAAGCUCUUGAGAGGAGUAGAACCGAGAUGAAGGCUAAGUUCUCUGCUGCAUCCGAGAAGAGACAGGACUCUAUAUCAAGCACACGCCAACGUGCUGAGAAACUUAGAUCUUUUAAUACUCGGUCAAGUUUGAAGAAGUUUCAGCAUCCUAUAAGCUCACUACAGAGCGAAGAAGAAGACGUGAAAGAUAAGCUGGCCAGUGGAAAGAGUGCUUCUUCUAGGAGCUCUCAAGUUAGAAAGGCUCCAUCACCGAACAGGAGCUCUAGAGUCUCGAAACCAUCAGGUAAAGUUUCAAACACUAACAUUACUUCAGGGAGAGGGAGAAGAACAGGAGAGGUUAAUCCGGUUGUUGCACAAUCUUCUUCUAUUCCCAAUUUCUCUGAUCUUAAGAAAGAAAACACAAAACCAUCUGCUGUCAGAAACCCUCCUAUGAUGAUGCGGACACAGGCGAGAAGUGGUGGUAAUAAGAAGACUUCAAAGGAAGAUGUACCUCCUCCUGUUAAGCCCCGGAGACCGAGGUCAUUAAGGAAGAGCUUCUCUGCGAACAUAGAGUUCACUGAACUGACAACUCUCUACUCUGAUGAGAGGAAUGAGAAACAACAGAACAGUGACGUUGAUGAGGUGCAAGAGAACUUGGGGAAUGAAGAGUUUGAAGAAAUUGAAUCCGAGGCAGAAGAAGAAGUGAAACAAGUUGUGGAGGAUCAUGUCAAAGAAGAAGAGGAAACUCUAGUAGUUGAGGACAUUGUUGAUGAAAAGACUACACUACUUAGUGACAAAGCUGAGAACUCCUCGGAGGAUGAAAACGUCACUUGCUUGAGGUCAAUCUCUCAGGUAGUAGACUUACCGGUGAACACUACUCUACCUUCACCGUUUCAGCAUCACCACAUUGCCUCGUUAAUGGAUUCACCUAGCGAGAGUCCUCUCUCGUGGAACUCAAACUUGCAACACGCUUUCUCUUAUCCUCACGAGCAUUCAGAUGCUGAUGCUUCGAUGGAUUACUCUCCCAUGGGAAGUCCUGCUUCUUGGAGUUCGAGGAUGAGAAAGAAAUGGGGAACAACAACAACAGGUCAGAGUCCCACCAUUGUUUCAAACUCUUCACCGCUCCACUCUCGGAAGGAUUUGGCGAAAGGGAUCAAACGUUUGCUUAAGUUUGGGAAGAAAACUCGUGCUGCGGAUAGUCUGAUGGAUUGGGUCUCUGUUACCACAUCUGAAGGUGACGACGAUUUUGCUUAUAGAUCAUCGGAUGAACUAAGGAAAACAAGAAUGGCAUCUUCUCAAAGUCAGCAUUCUGAGGAUGAACAAGGGAGCUUUAAAGCGAAAGAUGGUGAGUUUAAGAAAUCAUUCUUCUCGCUCUCUACAUUCCGUAACAAAGGAAACGACUCGAAGCCAAGAUAACAGAAGAAGGAAACAAAACCAUAUCUGUGUUUUUCCUUUACAACAACACAAGUACAAAGUUUGUAAUCUUGAAACAGAGUUACAGUGUUUGAUAUGAUUUGAGUACAUUAUUGUUUGUUGAUUUUCUUUAAUAUUUUAAAAUGAGAUAAACAUAUUUUUGAAACA